CUGCUGGUAUAAUGCCGACUGGCGAUACGAUCGCUCAACUUUUGGUCAGCCGCUUCCCAGAACUUGUGGGUCGCGUACGUUCUGAUGGUUCGCCUCCACGGCGACCGUCUUCUAAUUAUCCAUCGGCGGUGCUAUCAGACACCCAGAUUGCUGGGCCAAUCCUGGGGCUCGUGCAAUAUCGUCAGGUCGAAGAGACGCUGAUUGACGUGGCUCAGCAGAUUGUGGAAUUGCAACGGCGGCAGAAUUGGAGAGCGGUCGUACAAAGCUAAGGUUGUACGUGGUACAUUUCCUUAAAGGACCGACAGAGUAGCG